AAAAAUGGAAAAUAUAAAUGUUAUAUUAAGAAUUCGACCAUUAAAUGAAAAAGAAAUUAAAAUUUAAGAAAAGCCUGCAUUUGAAAUAACUGAUCCUUUUACAAUAUAAAUAAUACCUGAAAAUGCCAUAAAUAAAAAUUUAAUCUAAUCCGGUUAAUAAUUAACAUUUAAAUACGACAAAUGCUUUAAUGAAAAUAUCACAAAUUAAAUUUUAUUUCAAGACUGUGUAGAAUCGAUUAUUAAUUCAAGUUUAAAUGGGGUAAACGGAACUGUUUUUAUGUAUGGAUAAAGCGGUAGUGGUAAAACAUACACUAUGAUGGGUUAUGAAAAGAAAAAUACACCCCCAUAAUCAAAUAAAAAAGCAAAGAUGAAUCAAUAUGAUUAUUAUUCUUAAAGUCCUAUAUAAAACAAUAAUAGAUAAAAUUACUAAGAUAUAGACGAUAUCGAUUUUGAUAAAAUAAAUACACAAACUCCAGAUGAUAAUAAAGGGAUUUUAUAUUUAUCUUUAAAACAUAUAUUUAAUACGAUAUCUAAUAAUAAAGACAAAGCAUAUGUAGUUAAAUGUAGUUAUUUAGAAAUAUACAACGAUUAAAUACAUGAUCUAUUAAGUCAUGUUUAGAAAUUAAAUGAAUUAUUAUAAAUAGGAAUGAAUUAAAAUAAAGAAUUCUAUAUAAAAGGUGUCACUGAAUUAAGUAUUAGUAAUUUCAAUGAGGCCUUAGAGGUAUUAAAAAUGGGAGAAAAUAAUAAGCAUUAUGCAUAAACAACUAUGAAUCAUAAUAGUAGUCGAUCACAUAGCAUUUUUAAGGUAAAUGUAUAAAGUAUUAUGGUAAAAAAAGAAAAAUAUGGAAUAAAUAAUUAAUCAACUGUUAUUUAAUCUUCAGAAUUAAAUUUUAUUGAUUUAGCAGGUAGUGAAAAACUAUCUAAUCACUAAAAUAUUGAAGAGUUUUUAUUAAAUUCAGCACAAAAAAAUCAGAAUUUAUCACCAUAAGAUACUAUUAAAGAUAGAAUUAAAGAAGGAUAAUACAUAAAUAAGUCAUUGUUUUUUUUGACUUAAGUGAUUUCAUAAAUUGCAGAAGGAAAACCAAUUAUACAUAUUCCAUAUAGAAAUUCUCCUUUAACAAAAAUAUUAAAAAGCAGUUUAGGUGGUAAUUCAAGAACUAUGAUUAUUUUAUGUAUUACAUGUGCUUAGAGUUAAUUUGAAUAAACUUUAUCUACUAUAAGAUUUGGUUUAAAUGCUAAAAAAAUCGAAAAUAAA